UCCCCGGGAGGGCUUUGGGAGGAUGCUGCAGUCGCUGGCGGGCGGCGGGGCCUGGCGGGGGCUGGGGCUGGUGGAGCGUCACCGCUCGGCCUGGUGCCUGGGGCUGCUGGGGCUGGGCUACCUGCUCUACCUGCUCUUCGGGGCGGUGGUCUUCUCCUCGGUGGAGCUGCCCUACGAGGACCUCCUCCGGCAGGAGCUGGCCAAGCUGAAGCGGCGCUUCCUGGCCGAGCACCAGUGCCUCUCGGAGCAGCAGCUGGAGGGCUUCCUGGCCCGCGUCCUGGAGGCCAGCAACUACGGCGUCUCGGCCCUGGGCAACGCCUCCGGCAGCUGGAACUGGGACUUCACCUCAGCCCUCUUCUUCGCCAGCACCGUCCUCUCCACCACCGGCUAUGGUCACACGGUGCCUUUGUCUGAUGGAGGAAAGGCCUUCUGCAUCAUCUAUUCUGUCAUUGGAAUCCCUUUUACACUGCUCUUCCUGACAGCAGUGGUACAGCGCAUCAUAGUCUAUGUCACCAGGCGGCCUGUCCUGUAUUUCCACAUUCGUUGGGGUUUCUCAAAGCAGAUAGUUGCCAUCAUCCAUGCAGUGAUCCUGGGCUUUGUUACUGUCUCCUGCUUCUUCUUUAUCCCAGCUGUGAUAUUUUCUGUCCUUGAAGAUGAUUGGAACUUCCUAGAAUCUUUUUACUUUUGCUUCAUUUCUCUGAGCACCAUUGGCCUUGGUGACUACGUUCCAGGAGAAGGUUACAACCAAAGGUUCAGAGAGUUAUAUAAAAUAGGAAUUACAUGUGAGUAUCAAAGUAAUCAGUACAAAAAAGAAAAGAGUUUUUCACAGUCCAUUUGCUGAGAAAUUCAAAGUAAACACCUG